CAUCGCGGUAACUCAACGUUGACCGCGCCCGUUCUUAUCUUUGCCUUAACAGCAUCUCCUGUAUUCAAAUUAGCUCCACUUCUGGGAACGCCUUUCCAGUAGCGCCCAGGCAUACCAAUCUUUUAUAACACUCUUCUGAAAAUCAGAAUGCCAAGCUUCGAUCUCCCAGAAACCCAGAAGGGUAAUCGAAGGAUGAAGCUCGCUUACUUCAGCAACGAGUUCCCGCAUGAUGACCUCCAAGAUCUACUACGCCGGUUGCACCUCCACAGCAAAGAUCGACAGUACCCCAUCCUCGCGCGGUUCAUAGACGAGGCCACGUUAGCCAUUCGAGACGAAGUGCGUCAGCUUCCCGCGGCACUGAAGUCGCUGAUUCCGCCUCUUGAUACGCUCUUUCACUUGGCCGACUUCCCCGGUCUUCGCAAGGGUCCUCUGUGUGGGUCUGUUGAAGGAGUCCUUUUAUGUGCGGUGGAGUUGGGUACCUUCAUAGGGUAUUAUGAGGACCAUCCUAAUGAGUUCGACUUCGAUUCCUUCAAUGCAUGUCUGGCCGGAUUGGGCAUUGGACUGCUAGCCACUGCUGCGGUCUCCUUGUCUCAAACCCUGGUCGAUCUGCCCACCUCCGGCGCCGAAGUGGUGCGCCUCGCUUUCCGCUUGGGCGUCCUUGUCGAUGAGGUAUCGCAGAAUCUCCAGCCGAGGGAGACAGUCAACACUGGCUUGCCGGACUCCUGGGCUUAUGUGAUACCGGAUGUGAAGGUGGUCGAUGUUCAGAACGAGUUGGAUGCGAUACAUGCCAAAGCUAGAAAUCCGACGCCUAGUCAGGUCUUCAUCAGUGCAUUGAGCUCGACCUCGGUGACUGUUAGUGGUCCACCAUCCAGGCUGAAGGACGUCUUUCUCCAUUCUGACUUCUUCCGAGAUCACAAACAUGUCUCUCUUCCGGUGUAUGGAGGCUUGUGCCACGCAGCCCAUAUCUACAAUCAGGAGCAUGUGGCCCAAGUUGUAGAGACUGCUUCGAUGAACGCACUGCUCUCCAAGGCACCCAGGAUACCCAUAUUCUCCACGAGCACUGGGAAACCGUUCGUAGUGAAGAGCGCCAAGGACCUGUUCGAGGCUAUCAUACACGAGAUCCUUACGCAGAAGAUCGAGUGGAAUAACGUGAUCCGCGGUGUGUUGGAUCGAGCCAGAGACGCGAGCGCUUCCGAGUGGGACGUGCUGGUCUUCCGUGUUUCCCUUCCGGUUCACGACCUCACAUCGAGCUUCGAAUCCGACCUUCCUGGAACUGAGCUGACGACCCGCGAGUUGAUCCCAUGGGUUGCGGAGAAGGGUACGGAGACCACCAGCCCGAGAGGAUCUGCACAGUCCAAGAUCGCCAUCGUGGGCAUGUCCUGCCGUAUGCCUUCGGGAGCGACAGACACUGAGAAGUUCUGGGAGCUCCUUGAAAAAGGGCUUGAUGUGCACCGGAAGAUACCUGCCGACCGUUUCGAUGUCAACUCUCACUACGAUCCGGCAGGAAAACGCGUCAAUACCAGUCAUACCCCGUACGGCUGUUUUAUUGACCAACCGGGCCUCUUCGACGCACCGUUCUUCAACAUGAGCCCGCGGGAAGCGCAGCAGACGGAUCCUAUGCAGAGGCUUGCCCUAGUAACCGCAUACGAAGCCCUGGAGCGCGCAGGAUAUGUUGCCAAUCGAACCGCGUCCACGCAACUGCCUCGGAUCGGGACGUUCUAUGGGCAGGCCAGUGAUGACUACCGAGAAGUUAAUACGGCGCAAGAGAUCAGCACGUAUUUUAUUCCUGGUGGUUGUCGUGCGUUUGGCCCAGGGCGCAUCAACUACUUCUUCAAGUUUUCAGGUCCUUCCUAUAGUAUUGAUACGGCGUGCUCUUCGAGUCUAGCCACCAUCCAAACAGCAUGCACGGCGCUCUGGAAUGGCGAUUGUGAUACGUCAGUCGCUGGAGGGAUGAAUGUGCUCAGCAAUUCUGAUGCGUUCGCCGGUCUCAGCCAUGGGCACUUCCUGUCGAAGACGCCAAACGCAUGCAAGACAUGGGAUGCUGAAGCUGAUGGCUACUGUCGCGCGGACGGAAUCGGAUCCAUUGUGAUGAAGCGCCUCCAGGAUGCGGAGGCAGAUAACGACAAUAUCAUCGGCGUGAUCCUUGGGGCCGCGACGAACCAUUCCGCGGAAGCAAUCUCCAUCACCCACCCACAUGCGGGUGCCCAGGCCUAUCUCUCACGACAAGUGCUGCGCAGUGCUGGGAUAGAUCCGCACGAUGUCAAUUAUGUCGAGAUGCACGGAACCGGUACGCAGGCUGGCGAUCACGAGGAGAUGCAGUCCGUCAGCGAGGUGUUCGCUCCGGUUACGCGACGUCGCAGCUCGAAGAACCCGCUGUACGUCGGCGCCGUCAAAGGGAAUGUCGGCCAUGGAGAAGCAGUGGCCGGGGUGACUGCCAUGCUGAAGGUUCUGCUCAUGUUCGAAAAGCAGGCCAUCCCGCCGCAUGUUGGCAUCAAGAACAGGAUCAACCCGGCAUUCCCCAAGGACUUGGACAAGCGCAACCUCCGAAUCCCGUACGAGAAGACGCCGUGGCCUCGCGUGCCGGGGAAAAAGCGCAUUGCUGUUGUGAACAACUUCAGUGCUGCCGGUGGAAAUACGUCGAUCGCGCUGGAGGAAGGCCCAGUCCGUGACGUCAUAGGCACAGACCCCCGCCCAGCUCACAUCGUCUCCGUCUCCGCGAAGAGCAAGAUCUCUCUGAAGGGCAACCUGGAGCGCAUCAUCGCGUACUUGGAUGCGCAUCCCAAUGUUUCGCUCUCAGACCUCGCAUACACCACAACCGCGCGUCGAUACCACCACAACCACAGGGUCGCAGUCGCCGCCACUUCCGCCUCGCAGAUCAAGAAGCAGCUCAGUUCGCAUUUAUCGUCCAUCGACAGUCACAAGCCUAUUCCCACUACCGGGCCACCUUCCGUCGCAUUCGCUUUCACCGGCCAAGGCUCGUCCUACAAGUCGAGCAACUUCGAGCUGUACCAUGACUGCCCCUACUUCCGUGCGCAGAUCCAGCACUUGGAUGCCCUCGCUCAAGGUCAAGGUUUCCCGUCCAUCGUUCCGGCUAUCGAUGGCAGCUUCCCAAAGGAACAUGCGCACUCGCCCACGGUGACCCAACUUGCACUCGUCUGCACUGAGAUUGCGCUCGCUAAGUAUUGGGAGUCUUUGGGCGUGAAGCCGGAUGUUGUGGUCGGGCAUAGCCUGGGCGAAUAUGCCGCUCUACAUGUGGCCGGGGUACUUUCAGCCAGCGACGCCAUCUUCCUCGUUGGCCAAAGGGCCAUGAUGCUAGAGGAGAACUGCACUGUUGGCAGCCAUAAGAUGAUGGCUGUGCGAGCCUCACUCACGGAAAUCGAGCAGUGUGCUGGCGACAGACCGUUCGAGGUUGCUUGCAUCAACGGCCCGAAGGAGACUGUACUAAGCGGAACGAGAGGCGAGAUCGACGCACUGCUCGAACCACUUCAGGACGCCGGGUACAAGUGCUCAAGUCUCGACGUCGCGUUUGCAUUCCACUCCGCGCAGACGGACGCCAUUCUCCAGGACUUCGAAGAGACAGCGAAGGCAGGUGUGCACUUCCACGCGCCUAAUUUGCCGGUGGUGUCGCCUCUCCUCAGCAAGGUCGUCUUCGACGAGAACACCAUCAAUGCGAACUACAUGCGACGGGCAACCAGAGAGGCCGUCAACUUCCGCGCAGCUCUGGAGAAGGCUGAGCAGAUCGGAACUAUCGACGAGACGACUGCUUGGGUCGAGAUCGGACCGCACCCCGUCUGCAUGAGCUUCGUCAAGUCUACUCUGUCUUCCAUCAAUGUCACUGUUCCUUCGAUGCGAAGAGGUGAGGACAACUGGAUGACGCUUGCGCAGAGCCUCGGAACGUUGCACUGCGCUGGUGUGCAAAUUGGCUGGAACGAGUUCCAUCGUCCGUUCGAGAAGGCACUUCGGCUUCUCGAUAUGCCUACGUAUGCUUGGAAUGACAAAAACUACUGGAUCCAGUACAAUGGCGACUGGGCUCUGACGAAAGGCAAUACCUUUUACGACGCGGAGAAGAAGCAGACGCAGAACGCCGUCACUCCGGUGGCAGUGUCCAGUCUGCAAACAUCGACCGUGCAACGCAUCAUCGAGGAGAGCUUCCAAGGAAAUGUUGGCAAAGUCGUCAUGCAGGCGGAUCUGAUGCAGCCCGACUUCCUUGCGGCAGCCUACGGCCACAAGAUGAAUGGAUGCGGCGUCGUGACUUCAUCGAUCCACGCUGAUAUCGCGUACACCCUAGGCGAGUAUCUGUACAAGAGCCUCAUCCCUGGCGCGAAAUCUGUAUCCAUCAACAUCGCAGACCUCGUCGUACUCAAAGGGCUCGUGGCUCAGAAGAACACCAAAACCCCCCAGCUCAUCCAAGUGGCAAUCACCACCGCCGACAUCCACUCCGGCGUAGCUCACUUGAAAUGGCACAACGCCCACGCGAACGGCACAGUGGACGACCCCUUCGCCAGCGCUACCAUCUACUACGGUGAUUCGAAUGCGUGGCUCUCGUCCUGGACGCCCCUCGCGCAUCUCAUCCAAGGCCGCAUCCAAGCCCUCGAGCAGCUCGCCGAAGAAGGCACCGCGAACCGCUUCUCCCAUAGCAUGGCGUACCGCCUCUUCGCAAACAACCUCGUCGACUACGCCGACAAAUAUCGCGGCAUGCGCUCCGUCGUCCUGCACGACCUCGAGGCCUUCGCAGACAUCCAGCUCUCGACUGAGAAAGGCGGGACCUGGACCGUGCCGCCGUACUUCAUCGACAGCGUCGCGCAUCUCGCCGGCUUCACCAUGAACGUCUCCGACGCCAUCGACACGAAGGCGAACUUCUGCGUCACGCCCGGCUGGAGCUCGAUGCGCUUUGCGAAGCCGCUGGUCGCUGGGGCCAAGUAUCGCUCGUACGUCAAGAUGAUUCCUACGCCUGACGAUCCCGCGGUGUAUCUGGGCGACGUGUAUAUCCUUCAGGAUGAUGCUGUCAUCGGCAUGGUGGGCGCGAUCAAGUUCUGUCGCUACCCGAGGAUCCUGCUCGAUCGCUUCUUCUCUGCGCCGGACGACGCGAAGGCGGCGAAGCAUGCGGCGCCGGCGUCAAACAAGCCAGCUCCAGCGCCGGCCGUCCCGAAACCCACCAUCCACGUCCCCGAGCCCGCGCAGAAGCCCGUCCCAACCACCAUCCUCUCCCCACACCUCCCGCCCACGCCGCCCGAACCCGCCGUCAUCAACGGCAUCGAGCCCCCGGCCACCGCCACCGUAUCUCUUGACUCGGACAGCACGGCCGCAAAAGCCAUCGCGCUCAUCGCCAACGAAGCCGCGCUCGAGCUCGACGACCUCAAAGACGACGUGCAGUUCGCGGACCUCGGCGUCGACAGCCUGAUGAGCCUGGUCAUCGCCGAGAAGUUCCGCGAGGAGCUGGGCGUUACCAUGUCGGGCAGCUUGUUCUUGGAGUAUCCGACUGUGGGGGAUUUGCGGGCUUGGCUGGUCGAGUAUUAUAGUUAGUUAGGGUUUGUUUGAUGGUUAAGAGGAGUGGACUUGCUGGAUGGUGGGUGCCGGGAUGUAGUAGUGUUUUUUGAGUGGGUUUUCAUUCGGUUUGUGUGGAUUUUUUUAGACUUUCGUAGAUUUGUAUUCCAGAG